AUGAGGUUUCUGAUCUCACUGUGUGCAUCACUGCUGCUGUUGUUGAUCAAUGGUGAAAUGAUCCAUGGACAAACAUGUUCUACAACUUCUAGCUUUGAUCCAUGCUAUAAUUAUACGAUUCUUGAUGAGUACUGGAGAGACAUACAGCCAAACUAUUACAACCCUUCAGGUAAUGACAUUCUUGUUGAAUGGAGAGGCUGGUAUCGGCUGUAUCUGAGAGGACAAAGUGCUCAAAUGUCUGAGUGGUGUGUGAGUACUACACAUUGUGGUGGUGAAACUGGAUUGUCUCUCAGUGGUUCUCAUCCAAGACUUGAGGAUGGAGUGGUGACCCGUGAAGUGGUGGGAACAAAUGCUUGGUGGUGGUUGUGGUCGUCUUCCUCUUGUGGCAGCUACAAGUCCAACUCCAUUCGAGUCAAAGCUUGUCCUGGAGAUUAUUACGUCUAUGAACUUGUCAAACCCAAUACAUCAAUCCCCAAGCCAAUGUAUUGUGCAGUUGCUUUCCAAGACAUCAGCAGUGAUCCCUGCUACAACUAUAAGUCUCUGGAUCGUCCCUGGAGAGCCAACAAUGAAAGUGAAGAUCACAUUUGUGAUUAUUCUUUCUCCUGGAACGGCUGGUACCGGCUUUUAUACCAUGGAAUGAACAUCCAGUUGCCAGAGACUUGUGUUAGUUCAUACAGAUGUAACACACAGAUCACCCUGUGGCUGAACGGUCCUCAACCUCGGAUUGAGGAUGGAGUGGUGAUCCGAGAGGUCUGUGGAGGGACCUACGGGACUCAAUGCUGUAGUUACAAAACAAGACCAAUCAGAGUUAAAGCAUGUCCAGGAAAUUACUAUGUCUAUGAACUUGUGAAGCCAGACAAGUGGUGUGCAGGAUACUGUACAAAUAUUAGCACCAUUUCACAGCCGAUUACCACUAUACGUCCAGCUAUAACCACUAGAACCAACAACCCUUUGAAUUAUGACCCAUGCAUUAAUUACAACACACUCAAUGACAACUGGAGAAACAUACUUGAUUACGGGCAUAUGAAUGGACUCAAUGCUGAUUAUGAUGACACAGGUGUUAACUGGGAUGGCUGGUAUCGACUCUUCCUUAAUAGAUUGAGUGCUCAGAUGCCUGAAUGGUGUGUGUCUUACUUGGCAUGUGGAGGUUUUAGUUCUCUGUGGCUUGCUGGUUCUCAUCCUCGACUAGAAGAUGGAGUUGUUACUCGUGACAUUUAUGGCUCUCAUUAUGAGGAGUGCAGUUACUACAGAUCUGACCCAAUCCAAGUCAAAGCUUGUCCUGGAAACUAUUAUGUCUACAAAUUUACCAGACCACCUCUUUCAAUCCCAUCUCCUACAUAUUGUUCAGUACGUUUCACCACCCCAAGAGUUGACCCUUGCUACAACUAUAACAGUCUGAAUGAGACUUGGAGAGCAACAGACAAUCCCUAUGAUAGUAACUAUAGAAGGUGUGAUAACUUCCAGGGUUGGUACAGGCUGUUCUACAAUGGUCAGAAUGCCCAGAUGCCAGAAUCAUGUGUAAAUCAAUACAUGUGUGGCACUUACAUCCCAAUGUGGCUCAAUGGCUCUCAUCCGCGACUGGAAGAUGGGGUGGUCACCCGUCAGGUCUGUGGCUCCGGGUGGAGUGGCUGCUGUUCUUACAGAUCUCUCCCUAUACAAGUCAAAGCCUGUCCAGGAAAUUACUAUGUUUAUGAGUUUGUCAGGCCAAUAUUCUGUGGAGCUUACUGUGCAGUUGCUUUCCAAAACAUCAGCAGUGAUCCCUGCUACGACUAUGAGUCACUGGAUCGCCCCUGGAGAGCCAACAAUGAAAGUGGAGAAUUCAUUUGGGAAGAAUCUUUCCUUUGGAACGGCUGGUACCGGCUUUUCUACUAUGGAAUGGACAUCCGAAUGCCAGAGACCUGUGUUGGUUCAUACAGAUGUAAUGCAUUCAUGAGUCUGUCGCUCAGCGGUCUUCACCCUCGGAUAGAGGAUGGAGUGGUGGUCAGGGAGGUCCAAACAGAAGCUUCUUUAAGUGGCAGCUGUGUAUACAAAUCAAAACCCAUCAGAGUGAAAGCAUGUCCUGGAAAUUACUAUGUAUAUGAACUUGUGGAUCCACAAUUCUGGUGUUCAGGCUACUGCACAGAUAAGAAUUUGAUUUCAUCACUCACAGAUUAUGACCCGUGCAAUAACUACAACAUUCUCAACAAUAACUGGAGAAGUACAGUCAACUACUGGCAUCAAGACGGAUACAUGUGUGAACACGAUGACACUCGUGUUAACUGGGAUGGCUGGUAUCGACUCUUCAUUAAUGGUUUGAGUGCUCAGAUGCCUGAAUGGUGUGUGUCUUACAUGAUGUGUGGAGGUUUUGCCGCUCUUUGGCUUGGUGGAGCUCAUCCUCAGAUAGAAGAUGGAGUUGUUACUCGUGAAGUUUAUGGCUCUUACUACGAUCAGGAAAGUUACUACAGAUCUGACCCAAUCCAAGUCAAAGCUUGUCCUGGAAAUUAUUAUGUCUACAAAUUUACUAGGCCAAAUCUUUCAAUCCCAGCUCCUACAUAUUGUGCAGUUCUUUUCACUACCCCAAAUGUUGACCCCUGCUACAACUAUACCACUCUGGAUGAGCCACGGAGAUCAACCAGCAAUUCUCAUUACUAUGGAAUGUGUGAUUAUAAUGUGAAGUGGAAUGGCUGGUACAGGCUGCUUAUCAGGGGUCAAAAUGCUCAGAUGCCAGAAUCCUGUGUUAAUCAAAACAUGUGUGGCACUGAAGAGCCGUUUUGGCUCAGUGGCUCUCAUCCACAGCUACAAGAUGGAGUGGUCACCCGUCAUGUCUGUGUUUCCUCAUGGAAUGGCUGCUGUGGUUACACAUCCCACCCUAUACAAGUCAAAGCCUGUCCAGGAAAUUACUAUGUUUAUGAAUUUGUCAGACCAAUGUUUUGCGGAGUUUAUUGUGCAAGUGACAACAACAACAACAACAACCAAAACAACUACAAAAACAGCAUCAGCAACAACACCAAGAACAACACCACCAACAGCAAUUACAAGAACAACGGCAACAACAAAAACAAAACAAAAAACGACAUUAGCAAUAACAACAGCUACAACCAAAACACUACCAUUACCUGCUACAACAACAGCAACUACAAGAACACCAACAAUUUCAACAGUAACAACAACAGCACCUACAACAACAGAAAAACCACCACCACUACCUACUGCUACAACAACAGCAACUACAACGAGAACAAUUUCAACAGUAACAACAUCUACAACAACAGAAAAACCAACACCAUUACCUACUGCUACAACAACAGCAACUACAAAAAAACCACCACCACUACCUACUGCUACAACAACAGCAACUACAAGGAAAACAACAAUUUCAACAGUAACAACAACACCUACAACAACAGAAAAAACCCCACCACUACCUACUGCUACAACAUCAGCAACUACAAGGAAAACAACAAUUUCAACAGUAACAACAACAGCAACAACACCUACAACAACAGAAAAACCACCACCACUACCUACUGCUACAACAACAGCAACUACAAGGAAAACAACAAUUUCAACAGUAACAACAACACCUACAACAACAGAAAAACCACCACCACUACCUACUGCUACAACAACAGCAACUACAAUGAGAACAACAAUUUCAACAGUAACAACAACAGCAACAACACCUACAACAACAGAAAAACCAACACCAUUACCUACUGCUACAACAACAGCAACUACAAGGAAAACAACAAUUUCAACAGUAACAACAACGCCUACAACAAAAGAAAAAACAACACCACUACCUACUGUUACAACAACAGCAACUACAAGGAAAACAACAAUUUCAACAGUGUGACAGAGCCCUGUUCUGAGCUCAGCUGCUCUGAGGAUGAACACUGUGGGGAAAAAAAUGGUGUUUAUGGCUGUUUAUGUAACAGGAACCAUUACAGAAAACAUACAGACUCUUUUGAUUUUUCAGAAACCUGUGAAAGCAGCUCUGGUUCCAUGUCUGUAUCUCGCUGUCAGCUCUUUGAGGCUGGUUUUUCAGCUGAUAUCUUACAUCUCAAUGAUCCCAGCUGUAAAGGAACAGUGCGCAAUGGCAGAGUGGAAUUUAAUUUUGAUUACGAUGAACACAUCUGUGGUACAAACCUUGUGGCCAAUGGCACCCACUUCAUCUAUGAUAACUUCAUUCUGGGAACACCAAAGACAGAAGGCCUCAUCAGCAGAGAGAAGGUUCUGAAGCUUUCUUUCAGCUGUGCUUACCCCCAAACACAAACUCUUUCCAUGAAUAUGGAAAUCAGCUCACUGGAGAGCAUUGUGCACAAGAGCCUUCCAGCGGGUGAAGGCAGAUAUCGUGUUCGGAUGAUUCCAUAUCAGGACGAUGAGUUUACCCUGCCCUUCACUGGUAGUGUGGAUGCGGAGCUCAACCAGGAGAUGCAUGUGGAAGUUCGCGUUGAGGGGGUUGACAGUCGACAGUUUGCCCUGGUGAUAGACACAUGUUGGGCUACACCUGUGAAUGACCCUGAUUACAGUCUCCGCUGGGAUCUCAUCGUUCAAGAGUGUCCCAAUCCAAAUGAUGACACAGUUGAGCUGUUGCAGAACGGCGUCUCGACAUCCAGCCAUUUCUCCUUCAGGAUGUUUAUCUUCACUGCAAACUCCACUAAGCUUUACCUGCACUGUGCUGUUCACCUUUGCCUUCUGUCAAGCAAACAUUGCUCUCCGAACUGUAACUCUGGGCAGCACUGGAGAAAGCGCAGGUCUCUGGACUUCCACGACAGUUCUUCCAUAUCCAUGGGUCCUCUAAUGUUGUCAGAAGGAAACACAGAUAAGUGGGUCAAAGACCCAGUGAAGGUAUCCAAGGCUUCUUCUGUGUGUGCUUCUCUGAUGGUGUUGUUUGUCUUUAUGAUGAGUGUCUUGAUCCUCUUUUAAAAUAUUUCUGUGAGAAAAUUGGAAGCAUUUAACAUGCAUAUAAUCUAAUGUCAUUGUAAUUAAGGUUGCACUGAUGUCACACUGGUUGUGGGUUUCUAAAGGUUUCUUUACUUCAUAGCAGUUAUAACUGUGGCAUAAUAAGAGAAUUGUUGUUUAAUCAGUUUUAUUAAUUGUUGCAUACUACUAUAUUAAUCUUGUUUUAAAUGAAAUGAUGUAGACCAAAGCCAAUCAAAUUCAUGUUAAUUAAAUUCAUACAAAAACAUAAAAAUUUCAGUUCAAUGAAGCUUUAAAAAAUAAAUAUGCUUGUGUAGCAGUUUUAUUUUACAGUCCAAGCAAUGCUACAAGUAUACCUGUCACGAUAAAUACAUUUUGUUUGGUGAUA